GUGAAAUAUUGAAUAUAUUCGGCUGCAGAUGGCUGCAAAAAAACCUACGCGCAACACCAACAUAACCUAUUUAUUCCGGUUAUCACCCAACACCAGCUUUUUGUGACUAAUGUGGCUGCUGAGCCGCCAUGCAUCCUCCGUACGAAACUUAUCAUGAAGCGGUACGAUUUUGUGCCGUUUGCUGGGGUUGGCCGCGUCUGCUGCCAGAAAGUACGUGGGAGCUGCUUCCAUCAACUGCUGGGGAAGAAUGGCGCUGGCACAGUGCAUGUACUCGCGGGAAGUGAGCACAAGCGUGUGAUAU